UAGAUUUUGGGCAACAUUAAACGAGUUAACUUUAAAAAGUACUAGUACAUUUUUUAGAAAUACAUUUGUUUAUUGUUUCAUGGCGUUCGGUUAAUUUAAUAGACGUGUUUUAGUGUUUUAUGAGUGACGGAACGGCGUUACAUGAGGUUACAUCAUGCGAGUUUCCACACGGAGGUUUUAUUAGCUGGACCGUAACAGCUCAUACAGAAACAAAACCGACUAGCAACACCAGUCUAUGAAAUUCUGAUCACCUUGACUUCUGCAUAGGUUACUUCAUCACUAUUUUUAUUUGAAGACUUACACGAGACGAUGGGAGUGCCUAAGUUUUAUCGAUGGAUAUCAGAGCGGUAUCCGUGUCUGAGUGAAGUUGUCAAAGAGCAUCAGAUCCCAGAGUUCGACAACCUGUAUUUAGACAUGAACGGGAUCAUCCACCAGUGUUCGCACCCAAAUGAUGAGGAUGUGCACUUCCGUAUUUCUGAAGAGAAGAUAUUCGCUGACAUUUUUCACUAUCUGGAAGUGCUCUUUCGCAUCAUUAAGCCAAGGAAAGUGUUCUUCAUGGCCGUCGAUGGAGUCGCACCCAGAGCCAAAAUGAACCAGCAGCGUGGGAGAAGAUUCAGGUCAGCAAAAGAGGCAGAGGAGAAAAUCAAGAAGGCCUUGGAGAAGGGAGAAGUUUUGCCCACAGAGGCCCGAUUUGACUCUAACUGCAUCACUCCGGGAACGGAUUUCAUGGCCAGGCUACAGGAACAGCUUAAAUAUUUCGUUCACAAUAAACUGUCCACAGACAAAACAUGGCAGGGAGUGAAUGUGUAUUUGUCUGGUCAUGAGACCCCUGGUGAAGGAGAGCACAAAAUCAUGGAGUUCAUUCGCUCUGAGAGCACCAAACCGGGUCAUAACCCAAACACAAGACACUGCCUUUAUGGCCUGGAUGCCGAUCUGAUAAUGCUUGGCUUGACCAGCCAUGAGCCUCAUUUUUCUCUCCUCAGAGAGGAGGUUCGCUUUGGAGGCAAAAAGUCACAAAAGAGGAUAACAGCUCCUGAGGAGACGACCUUUCAUCUGCUUCAUCUCUCCCUUAUGAGGGAAUACAUUGACUAUGAGUUUUCAGAGCUCAGGAAAAAGAUCUCAUUUGAGUAUGACCUGGAGCGGAUCAUAGACGACUGGGUUCUGAUGGGUUUCCUGGUGGGGAAUGACUUCAUCCCUCAUCUUCCUCACCUGCACAUCAAUCAUGACGCACUCCCGCUGCUCUAUCGCACCUACAUUAAUGUGCUGCCAAGUCUAGGAGGAUACCUGAAUGAAAACGGACACCUCAACCUCACCCACUUUGAGAAGUACCUAGAGAAGUUAUCAGAUUUUGACCGGGAGCACUUCAGUGAGGUGUUUGUGGACCUGAAGUGGUUUGAGAGUAAGGUGGGGAACAAAUAUGUGAACGAAGCUGCGGGGCUGGCAGCUGAGGAGGCUGAUGGCAGAGACUUGAAGAAGAGUAAAUCUUCAGACGACUCUCUGUGUCUCGCGGCUCUUGAUGGAGUCAGAGAUUCUCACAGCACUGCAGGAAGAGCAGAAGGCGCAGAGGAGGACGGAGAGGACGAUGACAUGUUUGAAACAGAAUUUCGACAAUAUAAACGCACCUACUACAUGACCAAAAUGGGUGUUGAAGUCGUCUCAGAUGAGUUUUUGGCCAAUCAGGCUAAAUGUUACGUAGAGGGAAUCCAGUGGAUCUUGCAUUACUACUAUCACGGAGUUCAGUCUUGGAGCUGGUAUUAUCCAUACCACUACGCUCCUUUCCUCUCUGACGUGAGGAACAUCUCUGGUCUCUCGCUGACCUUUGACCUGGCCAAACCCUUUAUGCCGUUUGAGCAGCUCUUGGCCGUCCUGCCAUCAGCCAGCAAAGACCUUCUUCCUCAGUGCUACCAGCAUCUGAUGACGUCACUGAGCUCCCCCAUUGUCGAGUAUUACCCACAGGACUUCAAAACUGACCUGAACGGCAAACAGCAGGAGUGGGAAGCAGUGGUGCUCAUCCCGUUCAUUGACGAGAAAUGCUUGUUAGCAGCUAUGGAGCCCUACACUCAUAAUCUGACCCCAUCGGAGAAGGCCAGGAACAGGCAUACGGAGUGUGCAGUUUACUGCUACGAUAAAGACCUGGAUUAUCCCUAUAAUUCCCCAGAUCCGCAGAUCUUCCCCAAUAUCGUCCACUGCCAUGCCAGGCAAACACCGGUCCCGAUGGAUGCCUGGCGUGUAUCACCUGAUCAUGUGCGAUGCAGGAUCGACAGAGGAGCGCUUUACUUCUGCGGCUUCCCCACAUUACAGCACAUCCGUCAUAAAUUUUACAAGAAGAAAAGUGGAGUGAUGGUGUUUCAACAAAGCAGCAGAGGAGAAAACAUGAUCCUGGAUAUUUUGCCAAGCCAUGAGAUGGUGCAGGUGGAAGAGGUUGCAGCGCUGGUUCUUGGAAGAUCUUUGUUUGUGAACUGGCCACAUUUGAUGGAAGCUCGGGUUGUAGCCGUUUCAGAUGGAGAGACAAAAUUUUCAUUAGAGGAGCCUGCAGGAUCACAGGUGUUGUACAUGGAAAACAAUCCACCACCCACUAAAGUCAGCCGUGUGACUGAUAAAGAGCAGAAGGACUGGGUCAAAGAAGUGCAAGGCCUCACAGAGCAUUUUAGCAAGCGUAAAGGCAUAGCAAUCAAUGAGACGGAUGUGUUGGUUUACGGCCAGCUGCUGACAGGCAGGAAGUAUGUCAUCGGUCAGAACGGAAAAGUCCAUUUGGAGAAGCAGUUUGCCAAGCAGGUCCUGCCCUUUCCAUAUCAGACCAUUGUGAAGGAUAUCAAGGCCUUUGAUUCCUCAUUGGCGCGCUUCAAAACACUGGAGGAGCUGUUUCCUCUGGGAACCACAGUCUUUAUGGUUGGAAAUCCAUAUUACGGUGCAAUGGGAGAAGUGCAAGACUCUAGUGAUGUCAUCAGUGAGGGACGAGUCAGAGUGGUUUUCUCUGUACCGUGUGAACCUCAGCUCGAUGCCUUAAUACAGAAUCAGCAUAAAUACUCUGUGAAGUACAGUCCCGGGUAUGUACUCGCCUCACGCCUCGGUAUCACUGGCUACCUCGUCUCAAGGUUCUCUGGUAGCAUCUUCAUCGGAAGAGGAUCCAAGAAAAAUCCACAUGGAGAGCAGAAAGUCAACGUAGGCCUUAAUCUCAAGUUCAACAAAAAGAACGAGGAAGUUCCUGGCUACACCAAGAGAACAGAGAAGGAGUGGCUCUACUCUGCUGCUGUUGAGGAACUAAUAGCUGAAUACCUAGAACGAUUUUCAGAGGUGUUUGACCAUGUAGCACGAAACAGCCACGAUGACAUAUUUUACGAAGACGACAUCUGGCCGGGAGAGGAUGAGAAUGGAGUGGAAAAGGUCCAAGAGAUCCAGGGCUGGUUGAAAACGCAUCCAGUGAGCUCCAUCUCCAGAGCAUCAUGUGAUCUGCAGAUCCUGGAUGCUGGUAUUGUGGAGAAGAUUGAGGAGGAGCUGGAGAAAACGAAGGCAAAGAAGAUGAACAAGAAAGUGCGGGUCACCGUGAAGCCCCAUCUGCUUUUUAGGCCUCUGGAGCAGCAGCACGGUGUUGUUCCAGAUCCUGAUUCAGAAUAUCAUCUGUUUGACCGUGUGGUCAAUGUGAGAGAGAGCUUUUCUGUUCCACUCGGCCUUCGAGGAACCAUCAUCGGCAUCAAAGGAGCUGACCGUGAGGCUGAAAUUCUAUAUGAGGUGAUAUUUGAUGAGGAGUUUGCUGGAGGACUCACUAUCAGGUGUUCUCCUGGCCGUGGGUAUCGUUUGCCCCCUAGUGCCUUAAUCAACCUGAGCCAUGGCAGCAGGAAGGAGCUGGGCUCACACAAACUCACUGCCAUCGUCAAACCUCAACCCUCAUCUUCAUCACAAAUCUCAAACAAGAGCCAGCUGGGUGGCCUUAAUCACUCACCACGCUCACCGUUCAUACCUACACAGCAGAAUGGCAGACAAAGUUUUAAUCUCAGGGGUGACACUCAGGGCAACAGGAACUCGCCACAUAAAGCCCUCAACCAGAGAAACCAACAAAAGGGGUCUAGUAAUGAGAAAGAGUUCAGUAAUGUAUGGCAGUCCCUUCAGAAUUCAGCAAUGCCCCAGAAACCACCAGCCCACUGGCAAAAUAAUGCUGGUAAAAGCCAGAUGCCACAUCAGAAUCAGCUGGAAGGACAAAAUAAACAGAGCCAAGGCAACGACACAUCCAUCAAACUUGGUUUGGGUGGUAAUAUUAGACUCCUGAAGAGAAAUGAGGAUCUAAAUACCGCUCUGCAGGGGCCUUCAAAUAAGGCAUCUACAGAGUUUGAGGAGCUUAUAGCCAAUCUUAAAAUCUCAAAGGAUCCUGAACCUCCUCAGCAUGAACCACCUAAAGAGCCCAAGGCCCCGUCAGCAGAGCCUCUCUCCCCACAAUCCUUUGCCAUGAAGGGAACUCUAGUAUUGAAAGAGAUGUUGAAGAUCGACAGCUCCGGAGCAAGUUCCUCUGCCCCUGAUUCUGGCGGCCCCAAUGCCCAGCAGCAGUGCAAGAGACGCUCCAGCAAGAAACUAGCUGCUCGGAUAAACACUCCUCAGCCUGAAACAGCUCCGGCUGCUGCUGCUGCUCCUCCUCCUCCUCCUCCUCCUCAUCCUCUGGCUGGUCAGCCACCCCUCCUGCCCAGCAUGGCCACUGAACUAGGACGGGUGUGCAUGGGGCUCCGGAUGGGACCUCCAGAGUUUGCCUUCCUCCGCAACAGACAGAGUCUGAUCUUGUGUCAGGUGAAGUUGUCGAAUGGUCUGAUGGUUCACGGCCCUCAGUGUCAGUCAGAAACCGAAGCUAAAGAGAAAGCUGCUCUCUUCACCCUUCAACGAUUGAACUCGCUGGGCUCUUUCCCAUUGCCUCCUCCCAUAUUCCCUGGAGUCCAGCAGAUGAGACCGCUUGCACCUCAUCCCUCCAUGUUCGGACAGCCAGGAGGUGGGUUUCUGAUGCCCCCUCAAGGGUACGGGCCUCUUCCCUGGGGGAUGCAGUUUCCCCAUCAGGGGCAGCCGUUCUUUGGAGGAACUUUUCCUGGAGCACGAGGCCCUGUGCCAUCAGCAGCCGGCGGAUCCCAUAACCAGUUUGUUCCCCUUCAGGUGACCAAGAAACGAGUUUCAGGCAGAACCAAGAACCAAGAAUCAAAUCAAGCUCAGAGUGGCUCACCCUAUGGCGUUCAGACCCCUGCAGUGCCUCCAUCAGCCCCUAAAACUCCACCAUCCACCAACGCCCACGAGCAUGCAGAAAAGCCCACCGCAACUACACCCAAGACCCCCAAGCAGAAUGCCAAUCCCCACACCCCCGGCUCCGCAUCCAAGAGGAAACACCGGAAACUGGCAGUCAACUUUGAGGCUGCUAAGGUGACGGACUGAAUCAUUUUCUAAGUAUAAAAAGAAGAGCGAUAUGAAACCCCAUAUUUCAUAGCCAAAAACAAAAAAAGAUGCAGCUGUCCGUCUUCAUGAUUUGAUCAUGCUUGGUGAGACAAAUUAUUUAUCACUAGCUUUGAAUUGGUAUUCCUUUUAUAAGUUGGCAUUUUGUUUGAGUGAAGGUAACGCCGGAGAGCAUUUUAUUAAUCAACUGCACCAAAAAUGAUCAUAGAAUCAUGAAAGGAGAAAAAAAAGGGUUUUAUAUUUACCUCAGCUUUUUUCUUUUUCAUAUUUUGACCCCAUCUCAGACCUUGAAGCUUUUAUCAUGUUCACUGGUUACUUUCUAUGCUGGAUUUUAAUAUUCAAAGUGCAAUAAUUAGUUUUGUAGACUGGACAUUAUGCACAAAUACAGUGUGGCAUAAGCUGCUGCAAUACAUCUGUAUUAAUAUUUCAUAUUUAGUUCAUUUUUUUUUUCUCAUAUUGCACAGUGGUGCAGUCCAGCAUGGAAGGCUAAAAAAAAAACGUUAUCACCCGACAGUGUAACUAGGAAAGCAGUCAGAUUGAUCUCUUGGGUCUAGUUUGAGAGCCCACACAUUGCUUUGCUGAAGAUUUUGUUUUAAGCACUAAAGCAGGUGUUAAAACCAGCCCGUAAUGUCCACCUUGCCGGGAAGCACACUGAUUUAAGCAAACCUAAUCUCUGUGGAUUAUUAUAUAAUUGUGUGUGUGUGUAAAUAUAAAUAGACUAAAUGUGGUGGGGAGGGAAAGAGGGGGUGCAAAUUUAAACACAAUUGCCUUUCUAAUAAGAUGUUGCUCGAAUGGUGUUUUCUUAUGGGUUGUGAAACAUUUCAAAUUGAUUUUAUUUUUGUAUUAGCCUACAUUUCUUUCCAGGGGGAGAUGUUUCAGUUCUGUGGUUUUAAAAUGAAUUCUUUGUGUAUUUAGAUCUAUGGAUUUUAUACGCACCGUUUUACAGAUGGAUAAAUUACAAUUGUUAAUAUUUCUCUUUGGAACUAUGCCGGCACCCCAUUUGUUUCUUUUUUUUCCAUCUUCUCUGCCUAUUUGUAUCCUAACAGAUCUCUUUUGUACAAGUUUUAAAAUGUUGAACGUACGAAACCCUUUUAUUUUUUAAUUCUCAGUUAUUUAAUGACCAUGACAAAAACGAGCGCAUUUCCUGACAAGGUGGUGCGCUUUAAAUACACUUUUGUUAUCAUAAUAAACAUUUUGCUAUCAUAAA